CCCCAUCUCUGGUUUUACAACACCUCUCCAUUCUCUUUGCAAAAUGUCAAGCUCACGCACAACCCGAAUUGCUUCAUACUCAAUCGAGGAAGAUCAACUUCUAUGUCGUGUUUAUUGUGUUAUUACCCAAGAUCCUAAAAUUGGUAAGAAUCAAGCAAACCAUGAAUUUUAGACUCGUAUUGGGAUUGAGUACCAUCAAAUGCUACCAGCAAAUAAUGGUAAUAUUCGACCUUGGACAUCUCUUCAAACUCGGAUGCAAAAUAUAAUGGCAGCUCUUUCAAAAUUAAGAGGAUGCAUCUGUCAAAUUGAAAACAUGAACCCGAGCGGAGCUUCUGAACAAGAUAUUCUAGAUAGAGCAAAAGAUUUAUUGUCACAAGAUGUCAAAUUUCAAAAUGGGUUUAGAUUUGAUCAUGUAUGGCCUAUCCUUAAGGACCUCGAGAAAUUUAGCACUACUCCUAGUAGAGACCAAAGUCUUGAUAGUCGAAAGCAAAGUACUGACUUACAAGGAUCACAAUCACUACCUGAUAGAGCUGAUAAGUCAAUAGGCUCAUCAUAUUUUUGUGUUGAUUUAAAUGACGACUUUGAAAGUGCAAAUUCGAUUAAUGAAAACAACAAUGCAGGCGAACGUCCUACUGGAAUGAACAAGGAGAAAAAGAAGAAACACCUCAAUGAAGAAAGUUGUGAAUUUUUAAAAUCCAUCCAAGCAGAAAAUGAACAAAUCAAACAAAUGUUCCAACACCAUCAAGGUAUACUUGAAAAAAAUUAUGAGGUUCAGUUGUUAAAAGCUCAGACUGAAGCAAGGAAAGUAGAGUUGGCAGAACGACAUGAAGCGAACAGAGAACGUCGAGAAGAGAAGAGGGAUCGUCGAGAAGAGAGCAAAAUCUUACGCAUAAAUUUAGAUUCUAUCACAGAUCCAAUGGUGCGUAAGCAUAUAAGGAAUGAGCAAUUACGAAUUGUUGCAAAGAGAGCUAAUGAGUAAACAUAUAGAGGAGAGGUUGAAUCAAGUAGUCAAUUUAAUCAAUAUUUUGAUCAUUUGGGAGGAAAUGGGGGUGGUCUUAAAGACUAUUAAAUCUAAGUAUGUUUUGUUUAAUCUCGGAUGUAUUCAAUUUAAUUUUAUGAAAAUUAUGUUUUAUGUA